CGGCACAUCUGGAGGAUCCCCAGCCCGCAGCAGCAGCAUCUCCAGCAGCAGCAGCGGCUCGCGGACUGCAGCGCGCGGGGGCGGAUAUUACACAGGAGAGCCUGCCCACAAAUGUGGAGGCGGAGAUGAACCAAUGAAGUUGCAGCGACAACGCACUGAUACCUGUCCACUCUGUGAUCGAGUCUUUGUGCUGAAUUAGCUUCCGUCGUCAUGGCAAAGAGCCCAGAGGUGAAACUGGCGGUUUUUGGAAGAGCUGGAGUGGGGAAAUCAGCUUUGGUGGUGAGGUUCCUGACAAAGCGCUUCAUCUGGGAGUACGACCCUACCCUGGAGUCUACAUACCGACAUCAAGCAAACAUCGAUGAUGAGAUGGUGAGCAUGGAGAUUUUGGACACAGCUGGACAGGAGGACCUGCUGCAGAAGGAGGGUCACAUGCGCUGGGGCGACGGCUUCAUCUUGGUUUACGACAUCACAGACCGUGGCAGCUUUGAGGAAGUGGCCCCGCUGCGCAGCCUACUGGAGGAGGUCAAGAGGCCCAAGCACGCACCUCUAGUGCUGGUGGGUAACAAGGCAGACCUGGAGCACGCCCGGCAGGUGCCCACCGAGGAGGGCGAGCGGCUCGCAGCCGACAUGGCCUGUGCCUUCUACGAGUGCUCAGCCUGUGCUGACCAUGUGGGCACGGGAGGUGGCGUGGCAGAGGCUUUCUACGAGCUGUGUCGUGAGGUGCGGCGCCGCAGGGCCAUGCAGGGCAAGACCCGCCGCCGCAGCUCCACCACACACGUCAAGCAAGCUAUUAACAAGAUGCUGACCAAGAUCAGCAGCUAGGGAGGUGUUUGGAGAGCGUGAUAGAGCAGUGAGGACAGAGAGGAUGAGAAGACAGUAACAAAAGGCAAGAAUGCCUAGAGUAAGAGGUAGGUGAAGACAGGGAUGCUGGAAGGCAGGAUGGGUGAGCAACAAAUGCAGAAGCACUCCAAAAUGACUGAAAAGUUAUGGGUCUGCUUCUCCUGGACAGAUAGAAAAGAUGAUUAUGAUCUGGGAUUUUUGUCUGUAGGGAAAGAUGAGUCGUCUAUGCUACACAAUGCGCUGCCUGUAUAUCAUGGUUCAUUGUGAAGUGCAAAAGAAAUGACAGACAGUAUGUUUAAUCGUACUUGUGCCAUAGCUUGUUUCGUAGAAGAAUGUUUUCCUACCCUCCAAGGCCUUGCCAUGUAUAUUUGUUCUCUGAGCUGUAAUGAAGGAUUCACUGAAACAUCAACAGAGUUAUCGGACUCACAGAUCGCGACUCUGCCUGCAGAUUUCAUUCAGCAUUGUGAAUAUGUUGACCCAAGAGAGAUCUUUCUGAACAGUGACGCCGGUUUUCAAAUAAACCAUCACUCACCCUCAUAAUGAAGUUCAACGUGCCAUUUUUCACAUCAGAUGGCACAAACCCUGCACCCGUGCUCAAAGUUUUGGAAUGUCUUCUCAUUCCAGAGCUGCUAGAGAUUCUAUCUCAAACGUGCGAUGGGGAGUGUCCUUCUCUGGAACCACGAAUAGUUGCAAAGAUAGGCCUGGAUGUGAAGGUUGUUUUUACACAGCUUUUUUCUUGUCUUAGCCAUUAUGUGUUACAACCAGCUUUGUUUACCAGACUGUUCCAUUCCUCUGGCUGUCAUAGAUCAUCCUCCAGUUGAAAGAUGAACAUACCUUUAAUAAUGGUUUUAAAGUGUUUUGCUGCCUUACUGUCUGAAAUGAAUGAUUUCUUCUAUAAAUGAAUUGUACAGUACAUUACACUCAUUGAUUGGUGGGUUGGUCCCUUUUUUUAAAGGUGAUCUGCAUCAUGAUGUUGUGUUUCUUGGGGGUUCACAAUGCUGUGUUUUUUUCAAAGGCUGCUUGUCUCACUGUUGCUAAGCAACAGUAG